CUAAUCGUCUAUUUUCCCAGCCGUCCCCAAACGCAUCUCCCGUCAGGCUCUGCGUCAACAGCCGCUCCGGUGUGUGUGUUUGUUUGUUUGUUUGUUUGUUUGUCAGGUUGUUCCGGCACGUUACCGGGGAGGAGGACCCACCGACUCGGCUUCUGUUCUCACGGUGAAGGACUACUGUUUCUGCUCACCUGGAACCAGAGCCUACUGGCCUCUCCAUCCACAGCUGAACGAUGAGUGGAUGAUGUCUGAAAGGAGCAGUUAUGGCCUGCAGCAGCGGUCAGAGCAAUGCCGAAGCUCUGGAGGGGUUCCACGAGGUGAACCUGGCCUCGCCCACCACGCCUGACCUACAGAACCAAACAGAGCAGCGCCCUCCUGCCCGCAACAACACCGCGCCCACCUCUGUGUACCGCACCCACUCGCUGGGGCCGCCUCCUGGUGGCCUCCCCACGUCGCUGCGGGCCGAUCAGCUCCCCACGCAGCCGGUUUACUCCACACCGCGGCACAGCCACAAUGGAAGCGUGCCAGGCCUGGAGGCAGAGCUGGCUGAGGGCAGCUUCCUGUCCGGAGAGGAUGGGGACGAGUCGCGGCUGCAAAGCCCGUCGGUGAUGGAGGUCCGAGAGAAGGGAUAUGAGAGGUUGAAAGACGAGCUGGUGAAGGCUCAGACGGAGCUGCUGUUGAAGGAUGAGGAGUGUGAGAGGUUGUCUAAAGUCAGAGACCAGCUUGGCCAGGAGCUGGAGGAGCUCACCGCCAGUCUCUUCCAGGAGGCCCACAAGAUGGUGAGAGAAGCAAACGUCAAACAGGCGAAUGCUGAAAAACAGCUGAAGGAAGCUCUGGGCAAGAUUGAUGUCCUCCAGGCGGAGGUUCAGGCCCUGAAGACGCUGGUGCUCUCCUCCCCCACCUCCCCCGUGGCUGAGCUCCCGUCUGCAGGAGCCACCAAGACUCCCUUUAAGAAGGGCCACAGCCGGAACAAGAGCACCUCCUCCGCCAUGCUGGGGACGCAGCCCGACCCGACAGCGACGCAGCCCAUCGUUAGGGAGUGUAGGGAGGUGGACAGUCAGCUGUUCAGUGAGUUCAAAGCGUGGAAGGAGGAGCCGACGCUGGACCGGCGCUGCUCCUUCCUGGAGAGGGUCUACCGGGAGGACAUCUUCCCCUGCCUCACCUUCAACAAGAGCGAGCUGGGUUCAGCCAUCCUGGAAGCCGUGGAGCAGAACACGCUCAGCGUGGAGCCGGUGGGUUUCCAGCCGCUGCCCGUGGUCAAAGCGUCGGCGGUGGAGUGCGGAGGACCAAAUGGGCGAAGGGCCGAACUCGUCACAAAAUGUGCGCUGAGUGGUCAGACCAAAACCUGUAAGCACAGAAUCAAGUUCGGAGACUCGUCCAGCUAUUACUACAUCUCUCCUUUCUGCAGAUACAGAAUCACAGCGGUGUGUAAUUUCUUCACCUACAUUCGCUACAUCCACCAAGGGCUGGUCAAGCAGCAGGAUGCCGAGCAGAUGUUCUGGGAGGUGAUGCAGCUCCGCAGGGAAAUGUCCUUUGCCAAGCUCGGAUACUACAAGGACCAGCUGUGAGUGAAGCCCACCAAUCACAGCGGUGUCUGACCCAACAAGUCCCACACACCUCCUGGUUCUGGUUCCCCUCCUCCUGUAUGCAAGCGAUUCUGAGUGUGUGAAGGAAAAAAUGUUUUUGUUCAUGGGAACACGACGGACUGGACUGAAAGCCCGGGACCUCGGUUUGUUAAUAUGGGACUGUGCUUUAGGUUCUGUUCAUUUUCAGAACUCCAUUACUUGACACUAAAGAGAACCUUCUCCUCGCAUUAAAAUUCAAUUAUAAUCAAUAAUUCAGGAGUCCUCACUGAUCCUGUUAGACACAUUUCUCCAAAAACUGAGAAAAUACUUGAAAUAUUGUUUAAUAAGCUAAGAGCCUUUAGGAAAAAACACAAAACAAUAAAAGAUUUGAGGGCAAAAAUGUUUGAUCUCAUAUUUCAGUGACUUAACAGUUUUUAAUAUCACAAUUUCACUUAUUUAUUGAGGAGAAAUACCCAUUUAAAACAAAAAAGAUCUAAUUUCACAAAAAUAUUAACACAAAUUUCCUCAUAAAACUACCAAACUAAUUAAUUUCUAGAUGACCUCUUUCCCCCAAAUCAUUUCUUUUAAAAUGAAUUUAUGAAAUCAAAUUUCUUUAUUUUUGCAACUAAUAAUAAUAAUUGUCUAAGACAUUUAUCUUUAAGUUAAAUAUAAGUUAAAUUUGAUUUUUGAAGAAGGUAAAAUGUAAUUUCUGAAAACUUGAACUUAAGUGUGAUUUUUUUUUUUUUCAUUGCUAAAUUAUAGUAAAGCAAAAUCAUUAUUUUGAGCUGUUUUUCUUUUAUUUUGCAUAAUAAUAGGGCACUAACUCCCCCCAUUCCUCUAAACUGAAGCUUUUUCUUUUAAAUUGUAUCGAAUCUCAGAAUAUCUUCUGUUUUACCUAUUAACUGAGCAACUCAGCUUUCAAAAUUAUAAUUUCAUUUAAAGAUGCUUAUAAAUUCAUAUUUGUUUUCCUUUUUAGAUUGACUUUAUUUAUGCAAGUUUUUAUUUUCUGAAAAUGACUCCAAUUUAAAACAAAUAUUUUCUUCCUUGUCAUUUUUAAUUGAUUACAAAUAAAAUGUAAUUUACGUUCAGGCAAAUUUCUAUUAAAAAUGUAAAUUUUCUUUCAGGAUUUGCAAAUUUAGAUUUUUUUUUUUUGUUAGAUUGUUUGUUUAAACAAGAAUCUGCCUUGAAAUAUUGAGUCAUUUGUUCACUAAAGCGUUUUUUCCCCCUCAAACGAAUUUCUAAUAUAAGACCACAUGUGGAUAACUCCUGAAGCUGCAUCCAAACGUCUGAAAUGGGCUUAAUAUGAAGCUUCUUAUGAAACACAGUUGUAUUUUUGUUAUGUCAUAUUUUCUGUGAGAAAAUGAUUAUUCCAGUAUUUUUUGGCUAAAAUUAACCCUGUUGUAUCAUCUGAACCUGUAGAAUAAGACCUGAACUCAGACGUGAAGACAAUAAUCAGUCAGUUAUUGUUUAGAAAUGAAGCUGUUAAGUUUUUUAUGUUCCUGGGGGUUUGUCUCCUCUUGGGUUGUCCUCAUGUAUGUGGGAGGACUCGGACUCGGGACACUCCUGGGAUACUGAAGCACUACAUUUGCAGUUCUUGUUGUGAAACUGAUUGUUCUCUUGCUGUACCCUGGACUGGUGUGAAUCUGUUUUGUGAUGUUUGGGUGUUAAUUUAAUCCGACUCCACUCCUCUGCUCCUCCGUCUCACUCCUGGUUUGGUUUAGUGCCUUUUCUCUCAGACACUCUGAAAUAAAAACAGUGAUACCUCUGGAAACCCGACGCUCUGUUGAAGUCUGUUCCUCAGCGUCGUGUGAUCCCUAACAAGCUGAGAUCACACAGGUGAUAGAAAUAUUUAAAGGUGCAGUGGUCGGAUUCUGACCCGUGUGGAGGUUUGGUUGUGGCUUGUUAUAUUUUCUUUCAGCUUUUUUGUAAAUGUUCCGUUUUGUGCUGACUUUGGAUCUUCAUCUCUGUGCUCGUUUCCAUCAUUACAAUUGUUUUCCUCUUCA